AAAGUCCAACGCCCCGUUGAAUGCACCACACCGCAACCAGAUUGAAAUGGAAAACAUCAGCACUGUUCAGUGGAACAUUCGUCAUUCCAAAGGAGCCCAAUUGGCCGCUGGCAACCGCGGCGUCCUCAGCAGAAAUCACAUCGCCGUCCCAGUCGAGCAAUCCAAGCCAAGCAACAAUGGUGAUCACAGGU